CGAGUAAUAUCCUGGAAACUGUGCUCGACCUCCUGAUGCUGCAGAGAUUUUCUUGGAGCAGCAGAUGAAGAUUAUAUCCUUGAACACGUAUCGAUCAACAGAUUCCCAGUGAUUCCGUGGUUCACAAGGGAUGAAGUCGUCGCCUUCUUAAAUCGCUGCAAGGAUAAUGGAAACCCUGAGGCACUCUACAGACAAGGCCUGGUUGAAUAUUUUAGUUACAGGAGAAUGGAAUCAGGACUAGAGUAUCUCAAGAGAGCAGCAGAUAAGGGACACAUAGAAGCAUCAUAUGUGUAUGGUAUUAUCCUACUGUGCACUGGUGGUGAAUCAACUCAACAGGGCCUAAAGCUUCUAAAUGCAGUGAAUUCAAAAUCAAAAAGUUUGAGGAUACAAGAGUGUCGGGUAAGAACGAAAGCGAUUAUUCGAACAAUGUGGAUCAACAAUUAUCUUGUUAGACAAACAAACACUUGUUGCCAUGAACAACCUUGCAUUAGAAUGGAACGAACAUGGGAUUGUAAUGAAGACAACGAUGUUUUGCUCUGUGAUGCAUGUAGGUGGGAUCAAGAAGUGAUUGCAUUUUGUAAAAUGUUGCGUGGUAUUGCUGCAUAGAUACAAACAAACUUUGUCAUCAUUUACAGUGGUGUACUAUAGACAGCAUGA